UGGACCAUGAGUCUGGAAGUUUCUAGUGCAUGUUAGAGAAAAUAUCGUUGACGAAAAUCUCAGUUUAUUGUAUCUUACUUGCCAUUUCAUCAUUUGCUAUCAUAGGCAGAAGGCACAUAACGGUUUGGACCUUUGUAAGGAUUCUAUAAUUAUAAGAAGUUAAUUCAAAGCAAGAAAAAUGGUAAAGGAAACUGCAUACUACAAAAUCCUUGGUGUUGAGCCAACAUGUACACCUGAGGAACUAAAGAAAGCAUACAGAAAACUUGCCUUGAAAUACCAUCCCGACAAAAACCCUGAUGAAGGAGAAAAGUUUAAAGCAAUCAGUCAAGCUUAUGAAGUGCUGGCUGAUCCAAAGAAAAGGGAGACGUAUGACAGAGGUGGAGAGGAGGCCAUAAAGGGAGGCGAAUCUGGAGGGGGAUUCAACUUCCAUUCACCUAUGGACAUUUUUGACAUGUUCUUUGGAGGCGGCGGUGGAGGCCGACGGGGAAGAGGCCCAUCCAAAGGGAAAGAUGUUGUUCACCAAAUCAAAGUUUCCCUAGAAGACCUUUAUAAAGGGGCCACAAGGAAGCUAGCACUUCAGAAAAAUGUAAUCUGUGAUAAAUGUGAAGGUCGUGGUGGGAAGGAGGGAGCAGUAGAGAAGUGCACACCCUGUCGGGGAACAGGUAUGCAGGUGCGGGUACAACAGAUCGGUCCAGGGAUGGUUCAGCAGAUUCAGAGUGUAUGUGGAGAUUGUCAAGGACAAGGCGAGCGCAUCAACCCAAAGUACCGCUGUAAAAACUGUCAGGGACGCAAAGUCAAUCGGGAACGCAAGAUCCUCGAGGUCCACAUCGACAAAGGUAUGAAAGAUGGACAGAAUAUCCGUUUCCAUGGCGAGGGCGACCAAGAACCAGGACUGGAGGCAGGCGAUAUCAUCAUUGUUUUGGAUGAAAAAGAACACCCAACAUUCCGACGUCAUGAGAACGACCUUAUUAUGGAAAUGGAGCUGGGUCUUGUAGAGACACUUUGUGGCUUCCAGAAAACCAUCCCAACGCUGGACGACAGAACACUAGUACUCACCAAUAUACCAGGGGAGGUAAUUAAACACGGCUCCAUUAAGUGUAUAAUGAAUGAAGGUAUGCCAAUUUACAAGGACCCAUUUGAAAAAGGACGACUUAUAAUCAAAUUUAAUGUAAAAUUCCCAGAAAAAAUAGACCCUGCUUCUGUCGGUCAGCUGGAGAAGAUCUUGCCAGCGCGACAGGAAGUAAUUAUUCCAGACGGAGCCGAGGAACAUGACCUUGUUGAUUUUGACCCAAAGGCACAGUCAAAUCGCCGACGAACAGAAGCUUACGGGGAAGAAGAUGACGGUGACGGUAUGGGAGGACAGAGAGUGCAAUGUGCAUCACAUUAGUGUUAGACCAAGAGACAUUUUAUAAACGUACAUUUUUACUUUUCCUUCGGCCAUUGUGCAGAUGUGUUUGAUCUUGAAGAAAAACACAGGGGAUUUCAAAGUGGAUAAAUGUCUAUAAAGAUGAUGAAAUAACUGGGUCAUGUAUUCAUGAAACCAUUUUCAUGCUCGAGCAUGGAUUUUGCACUCAAACUUAAUUUCUUUUUCCACCUGUUAAUUAUUAAAAAAAAUCUUAUUCUGUCAAUGAUUUGGGGGGGUAAUGUGAAGAGUCUACGAGCUGAAUACUGUUUUCAAUGUUAACAAUUGAGUUUUUGAUCGUUUGACGUGAUUUACAGUAAACCUACAUACCCCAGAAAACUGGUUGGAGUGCAGAUUCCAUACUUGAGCAUGAAAAUUGUUUCAUGAAUAUGAGCCCUAGUUGAUUACACUCUAGAAUAAGUGUCUCUAAUAUAGAUAGUUAUAUCAUGGUUAAUUCCACUGUGUUUUAAUAAUAUAGAUGAUUAAAUAACCAGUGGAUUUCACUGUGUGAUAAAUGUCUAUAGUAUAGAUAAUAAAAUAACUGGUGGAUUUCACUGUGUGUUAACUGUCUAUAGUAUAGAUAAUAAAAUAACCAGUGGAUUUCACAGUGUGAUAACUGUGUAUAGUAUAGAUAAUAAAAUAACUGGUGGAUUUCACAGUGUGAUAACCGUCUAUAGUAUAGAUUAUAAAAUAACUGGUGGAUUUCACUGUGUGAUAACUGUCUAUAGUAUAGAUAAUAAAAUAACUGGUGGAUUUCACAGUGUGAUAACUGUCUAUAGUAUAGAUUAUAAAAUAACUGGUGGAUUUCACUGUGUGAUAACUGUCUAUAGUAUAGAUUAUAAAAUAACUGGUGGAUUUCACAGUGCGAUAACUGUCUAUAGUAUAGAUAAUAUAAUAACUGGUGGAUUUCACAGUGCGAUAACUGUCUAUAAUGUAGGUAAACAACUUGUUCUGAAUAUUAAUUUAUAUGUUAUUGUGCCAGUGUCUGAGCAAACAGAAUAAGAUAAAUAACUGAACACAUUCUGAUCACAUGAUGGGAAAAUUGUCCUAUACAUUAUAUAAUGAUACGCUUUUUGAGAAGGACCUUCAUUUUUCUGCAUUGAAAAAACGAUAUACCAGUAGAGGCAAAAGCUAUAGAAAAUUGCUCUGAUGUGCCAGAAAUUAACUUUAAGUCCAAAAUCCAAAACUACGGGGGUAUAUCUAGCUUAUUGUGAUAUAGUGUUGUGUGUGCCAGUCAACCUGUGCAGGUCGGAUAUAAUUAGACUUUUUUAAACAUUUUAAUUACACUACCUUUUUUUUUUUUAACAUUGAUAAAAACAUCUCUUUAUACAUUAAAUAUUAUUUUCACUCAUUUUAUUGUACUUUUAGCAUUAUUUCAGUAAAACAGCUUUUUAAGACAUUCACCCCUAAAGUCACAUUUGAACCUCACCAAAUCAAUGACUAGGCCAUUCCAGUUUAGAUAUGAAGGGGUGAUUGUGUUAAGACAAAGCCAGCAUUGUCCAUUAAAAUAGAUUAAUACCAUCACUCUGUCACAGGUAAAUACUUUACCUGUAUAUGGUACAAAGGGUCACUCUGUCACAGGUAAAUACUUUACCUGUAUAUGGUACAACGGGUCACUGUCACAGGUAAAUACUUUACCUGUUUAUGGUACAACGGGUCACUCUGUCACAGGUAAAUACUUUACCUGUAUAUGGUACAAAGGGUCACUCACACCUGAAGGCUGCUGUCCAACUUUUGUUUCCGCGGAGUAGUGUUACAUACUGUAGCAUGUUACAUAUAUACUAGGGUACUUGAUAAGCCCAAUGCCUGGGGUUUAUCGAUUAACAUGUGUGAGGUCAAUUGAGAACAUCCUAUAUAUACCAUACAAAUAUAGGCCAGGUAGAUUUUUCAAAGAUUGUCUGUGGGCUAGCUAGUACUCUAAAAUAAAAUAAAUUAUACAGCUGUUGCAUACAAGGAAUUCUUCAGCAUUGAACUGCUUUCAGUUGGCGUUCAUAUUGAUAUGGAUACUGACUGCAGUGUGACACAUUCAAUAUGGAGGUCUAGUGUUGUUUUGGAUCCUGACUGCAAUGUGACACAUUCAACAUGGAGGUCUAGUGUUGUUAUGGAUCCUGACUGCAGUGUGACACAUUCAACAUGGAGGGCUAGUGCUGUUAUGGAAUUUGUUGCAUUCCAGUUGGCGUUCAAAUUGGCUAUUGAAUACCGACUGAAAGCUGUUCAAUAUUUCUUUAAUUUCAUAGAUAAUCAGAUUUAUUUAUUAAUUUCAGAAUUAACCUCAAGUAAAUUUAUGUACGGUGUAGGCUUGUUUAACAAAUAGAACGGAGGGUCAGUGGUAUCCAUCUAAAGUUUAACUCAAUCACCCCUGAAAACACAUUUAAAUGAUGGAAUAGUUUAUUAUGAAAUUUCAGGAGUAAAUGAGUUAAUGAUGACAUCAUAAUGAUUAUGUCAACACACGAGUGAUGUCAUUCAUAGCUUACGUAAAUGCCAUAGGUCUAAACUUGGUGGGUUGAAUGAAUUGAAGGCGUUUGAAAAGUGUUUUGCUUACAAUUGUACAAUGUAUAUAAAUAAUACAAUGUAAUACAAGAGUACAACAUUGUAUAACAGGUAAUAAAUAAUACAAAUGGUCAACAGAUUACAUACAGGUGUACUUAAUGAUAUGUUACAGAUGUGGGUAUACAAUUGUGUCAACGAUUUUCUACCUGCGUACAUAUAUAACACGUAUAAAACUGACAAUUCUAGGUAAUAUUUGUGUUUUAAUGAAAUAUAUGUCCAUUCUUGUAUACAUGAACUGGGAAUAAAGUAAUGCUUUACAUA